CCUGUCCCAGACCAGCCUUCGUCAACCUCAGAGAAGACCAGCUCCCUGAGCCCUGGCCUGACCACCUCCAAUGGGGAUGGCUCAGAAACGGAAACCACCUCCGCCAUCCUCGCCUCGGUCAAAGAACAGGAAUUACAGUUUGAGAGACUGACCCGAGAGCUGGAGGCAGAACGCCAAAUCGUAGCCAGCCAACUGGAGCGAUGCAAGCUGGGAUCAGAGACGGGCAGCGUGAGCAGUAUCAGUUCAGCAGAAGAGCAGUUUCACUGGCAAUCACAAGAUGGUCAAAAAGACAUCGAAGAUGAACUUACAACAGGUCUUGAGCUGGUGGACUCCUGUAUUAGAUCCUUGCAGGAAUCAGGAAUACUUGACCCACAGGAUUAUUCCACAAGUGAAACUGGGUCCCGGGCCUCGUACAGCAGCCAGCACGGCCACCUGGGCCCGGAACUGCGGGCCCUGCAGUCCCCAGAGCACCACAUAGACCCCAUCUAUGAGGACCGUGUCUAUCAGAAGCCCCCUAUGAGGAGUCUCAGCCAGAGCCAGGGGGACCCUCUGCCAUCAGCACACACGGGCACGUACCGCACGAGCACAGCCCCAUCUUCCCCCGGUGUCGACUCCGUCCCCUUGCAGCGCACAGGCAGCCAGCAUGGCCCGCAGAACGCCGCCGCGGCCACCUUCCAGAGGGCCAGCUACGCCGCGGGCCCAGCCUCCAAUUACGCAGACCCCUACCGACAGCUGCAGUACUGUCCCUCUGUGGAGUCUCCGUACAGCAAAUCCGGCCCCGCCCUCCCGCCCGAAGGCACCUUGGCCAGGUCCCCGUCCAUCGAUAGCAUUCAGAAGGAUCCCAGAGAAUUUGGAUGGAGAGACCCAGAGCUACCGGAAGUGAUCCAGAUGUUACAACACCAGUUUCCUUCAGUCCAGUCUAAUGCUGCAGCCUACUUACAGCACCUCUGUUUCGGAGACAAUAAAAUUAAAGCCGAGAUAAGGAGACAAGGAGGCAUCCAGCUCCUGGUGGACCUGCUGGAUCACCGGAUGACGGAGGUCCACCGUAGUGCCUGUGGGGCCUUGAGAAACUUGGUGUAUGGGAAGGCCAAUGACGAUAACAAAAUCGCCCUGAAAAACUGCGGCGGCAUCCCAGCACUGGUGAGGUUACUCCGCAAGACCACCGACCUGGAGAUCCGGGAGCUGGUCACAGGAGUCCUUUGGAACCUCUCGUCUUGUGACGCCCUCAAGAUGCCAAUCAUCCAGGACACCCUGGCAGUGUUGACCAAUGCCGUGAUUAUCCCCCAUUCGGGCUGGGAAAAUUCACCACUCCAGGAUGAUCGGAAAAUACAGCUGCAUUCCUCACAGGUGCUGCGAAAUGCGACCGGAUGCCUAAGGAAUGUUAGUUCAGCCGGAGAGGAGGCCCGCAGGAGGAUGCGGGAAUGCGACGGGCUCACAGAUGCACUGCUGUACGUGAUCCAGUCUGCACUGGGGAGCAGUGAGAUCGACAGCAAGACCGUUGAAAACUGUGUGUGCAUCUUAAGGAACCUGUCAUACCGGCUAGCAGCAGAAACGUCUCAGGGACAGCACAUGGGCACAGAUGAGCUGGACGGGCUUCUCUGUGGUGAGGCCAACGGCAAAGAUGCAGAGAGUUCCGGGUGCUGGGGCAAGAAGAAGAAGAAAAAGAAAUCCCAGGAUCAGUGGGAUGGAGUAGGACCUCUUCCAGACUGUGCAGAACCACCAAAAGGGAUCCAGAUGCUGUGGCACCCAUCAAUAGUCAAACCCUACCUCACACUGCUCUCUGAGUGCUCAAACGCAGACACGCUGGAAGGGGCGGCAGGUGCCCUGCAGAACUUGGCUGCAGGGAGCUGGAAGGGCUGGGCUGAGGAUGUGGCAGGCAUGGCGUAUGCCCUACGUUCACUGCCAGAGGGGGCUCCCUGCCUGCCACAGUGGUCAGUAUAUAUCCGAGCUGCUGUCCGAAAAGAGAAAGGCCUGCCUAUCCUCGUGGAGCUGCUCCGAAUAGAUAACGACCGUGUGGUGUGCGCGGUGGCCACGGCACUCCGGAACAUGGCCUUGGACGUCAGAAACAAGGAGCUCAUUGGCAAAUAUGCCAUGCGAGACCUCGUCCACAGGCUUCCAGGUGGGAACAACAGCAACAACACAGCGAGCAAGGCCAUGUCAGAUGACACGGUGACAGCCGUCUGCUGCACCCUGCACGAAGUGAUCACCAAGAACAUGGAGAACGCCAAGGCCUUACGGGAUGCGGGCGGCAUCGAGAAGUUGGUUGGCAUCUCCAAAAGCAAAGGAGAUAAACACUCUCCAAAAGUGGUCAAGGCCGCAUCUCAGGUCCUAAACAGCAUGUGGCAGUACCGAGAUCUGAGGAGUCUCUACAAAAAGGACGGAUGGUCGCAGUAUCACUUUGUAGCCUCAUCCUCAACCAUCGAGAGGGAUCGGCAAAGGCCCUACUCUUCCUCCCGCACGCCUUCCAUCUCCCCUGUGCGUGUGUCUCCCAACAACCGCUCAGCAAGUGCCCCAGCUUCACCUCGGGAAAUGAUCAGCCUCAAGGAAAGGAAAACAGACUAUGAAUCCACUGGGAGCAAUGCCACUUACCACGGGACUAAAGGAGAACACACUUCCAGGAAAGACACCAUGACAGCUCAAAACACUGGAAUUUCAACUUUGUAUAGGAAUUCAUAUGGUGCGCCCACCGAAGACAUCAAACACAACCAGGUUCCAGCACAGCCAGUCCCACAGGAGCCCAGCAGGAAAGACUACGAGACCUACCAGCCGUUUCAGAAUUCCACGAGAAACUACGACGAGUCCUUCUUCGAGGACCAGGUCCACCAUCGCCCUCCCGCCAGUGAGUACACCAUGCACCUGGGACUCAAGUCCACCGGCAACUAUGUCGACUUCUACUCAGCUGCCCGUCCCUACAGUGAACUGAACUAUGAAACUAGCCACUACCCGGCCUCUCCCGACUCCUGGGUGUGA